AUGGCCCCCCGCGGGAUGCGGCCCGGGACGCCCGUUCUCGUCUUCCUCCUCCUCCUCCUCCUCGCCGCCACCGGUUGCUGGUCGGGGGUGGUGGAGGUGGAGCGCAGCGUGACGGCGGUGCUGGGCCAGGACGUGGUGCUGCCGUGCCGGUACCGGGCGCAGGAAGGCGAGCAGGUGGUGCAGGUGACGUGGCUGAAGCGAGGCCCGGCGGGGCACAGCGCCGAGGUGGCCGUGCUCAACCGGCAGCACGGCGAGCACGUGCAGGACGCCUAUGCCGGCCGCGUGCUGCGGCGGGCGCCCGGCGCACUGGAGGACGGCGCCAUCGUCCUGCGCAACGCCGUGCAGGGGGACGAGGGCGACUACGAGUGUCACCUCAUCACCUUCCCCAUGGGCAGCUUCGAGGGGCGCCUCACCCUCAAGGUGCUGGUGCCACCGCUGCCCAUCCUGAACCCGGGGCCACCGCUGGAGGAGGGCCAGGGCCAGACGCUGGCGGCCUCGUGCACGGCGGAGGGCAGCCCCGUGCCCUCGGUGCGCUGGGAGACGGAGGUGCGGGGCACCAACACCACGCGCCGCUCGGUGCACUCCCGCUCCGCCUCCGUCACCAGCGAGUUCUUCCUGGUGCCCGGGCGCAGCAUGAACGGCAAGAGCCUCACCUGCGUGGUGGCACACCCUGGGCUGCGCCACGAGAAGAGGAUCACCCACCAGCUCAGCGUCGCCUGUGCGUCGGAUGCCUCGGUGUUGGGGCACUCAGAAGAGUGGGCGGAGGGCAUGGAGGGGGCCACGCUGACCUGCCUGGGGGAUGGCAACCCGCCCCCCACCUACAACUGGACACGGCUCAACGCCCCGCUGCCCGCCGGCGUGCGGGUGAAGGGGGACACCCUGGUCUUCCAGCGGCCCCUCGCCGCCGCCGACGCCGGGGACUACGUGUGCCGCGUGGCCAACCGCGUGGCCACCAAGGAGGCGCGGGCCAACGUCAGCGUCAAGGGCAGGGCGGCAGAGAACGAGGUGCGCAAGGUGGACCUGGUCUCUGCCUCGGUGGUGGUGGUGGGCGUCAUCGCCGCCGUGCUGCUCUGCGUCCUCGUCGUCGUCGUCGUCGUCAUGACCCUCUACCACAAGCGCAAGACCAAGCGCAUCUCGGAGAAGUACGAGGAGGAGCUGACGCUCACCAGGGAGAACUCCAUCCGGCGCCUGCACUCCAGCCACAGCACCGACACGCGCACCCAGCUGGAGGAGACGCUGCACCUGCGUGCCGAGAGCCGGCAGGGCAGCCUGCGGGGGGACAGCCUGCGGGGGGACAGCCUGCGGGGCACCAGCAUCUGCUCUGCCAUGAGCGAGGAGGCCGAGGGGCGCAGCUACUCGACGCUCUCGACGGUGCGGGAGAUCGAGACGCAGACGGAGGUGCCGGCGGCCCCGCUGCUGCCUGCCCCGGAGGGCAAGGAGCCGAAGGAGGAGGAGGAGGACAGCGGGGACAACCCCAUCAAGCAGGCCAUGACCCACUUCGUGCAGGAGAACGGCAUGCUCCAGGCCAAGCCCACCACCAACGGCAUCUACAUCAACGGCCGCGGGCACCUGGUGUGA